AUGUUAUUGGACUCUUUCAAAACAAAAAUUAUGGAAUACAGAUCAGUGAAUUCAGUGCUGGAAGUAGAUGAUGCAGUUAAUUAUCCAGUUGGAUUUCUCAAUUCACUCAACCCUCCUGAAUUUCUACUACUUUUAUUAAUUCCACCAAUAUUGUGCAAUGGGACACGUCUACGGAUGAUUAGUCUACAAAAGAAUUUGAUUAAAGCUAUUAUUAUGACUGGAUCUGCAAAAGUUGAAUCAGUUCUUUUUCCUCUCAUACCAAUGAUACCAUCUGAUUAUCCUUUCCUAUUCAAGAGAAUGCAGUUUCCUGUAAAAUCUUUUCCAAACCUUCAAACUAUCAACAUCCAUCAAGCACAACAAGAUAGAAGAAGGACCAAGACCAGACACCAGACCAKACCACCGACCGCCGACGAUCGACGACCAGACCGCUCCACGGCAAUUGUCAUCGUCCGCCGCCGAGAACCGACAACUACGACGCCACACGGCAAUUAUCAACAACCGGCCGCCGAAGAACGAUCACUACGCCGCUCCACGGCAAUUAGCAUCGCCCAGCCGCCGCGGACCGAAUACUACGCCGCCACACGGCAUUUAACAUCGUCCAAUCGCCGAAGACUGACGAACCGCUGCUACACGGCGUCGCUCAAGCAUCGGCCGUCGACAACAUCGCCAAUCGCUGAUCCAUCGCCGUUCCGCUAACGCGAUUAUUAAAAGGGCCCUUUUCAGGGCCAUCACUGGAUUACAUCGGCACUUAAUUAAGUUGUCCGACCCGAGCCAGGUUCGCCGUCGGAGUGCCGCUUUGAUUUAAGUCUGCACCGACGACGGCCGACUCCYUAGCCUACACAUGUUAUGUUAACCGCAUAUUGACAUUCCUAAUAUUGUAAAGAUAGGGUCCGGCAUUAGCCCGACCAUACGCCUAAGUGCCUCCGAUUGUGUCGACUCACUUAAUUAAGUCUGGUCGACACAAAUCGACACUUUUCUCGACCCUAUAAAUUGUAAACAUAAUUAUUUUAUACAUAGCAAUAGAAACAACUAAUUACUGAAUACAACAGUCUUUUUAUUCACGACACGGGUC